AUGAACAUAUAUACUUUCCGACUCUGUCUUUUGAGCACUGAAUAUUGGGAUGAUAACGAACCGGUUAAACAGUUUAAUAAUUUCAGAUCUUGGGUAGUCUUCCCUACGUUGUUCGCUUCUAUUGGAUUACUCAUCGCUCUCCAUUUCCAUGCACAUAAUGUACCAACUAAUUAUAUACUUCUCGCAUCUUUCACCACAGUUCAAGCUCUCACUCUUGGCUGUGUCGUCAGCCUGUUUGAGCUGAAAGUUAUCAUUGAAGCUGUACUGCUAACUGCUGUAAUAGUUUUCUCCCUAUUCAUCUACACUCUCCAAUCAAAGAGAGACUUUGUUAAGCAUUAUGCAUUAGGCUUCAGCUUGAUUGGAAUUCUAAUGAUGGCAAGCAUCAUGCAGGUUUUCUUCAUGUCCUCAGCUUUCAACUUCACCAUCAACGUGAUUGGAGCAGCUAUUUUCUGCUUCCUCCUGGUGAUCGAUUUGGAUAUGAUUAUGAAUCAUCUGUCUCCCGAAGAUUAUAUACUUGCUUGUAUUACUCUAUAUAUGGAUGUAAUUAAUCUCUUCAUCAGAAUUUUGCAAAUUCUCAAUGAAGCACAACGUUGA